GAAUUUUCUCGAGGCAAAAUGAAGAUUUCCCCUGUCGUUCUUGGCCUCUUUUUGGCUUUCUUCUUCAGUUCACAAACGCCAACAUCAGCUUUUUUCGUUCCACGGCCACCGGAUAUUUUCUGCAAAUAUUUCCCUAAAUCUAUUUUUUGUAACAAAAAUGAUAAUGGAGGAUCAGAUGGAUCGGGAAACUCGACUUCACCUGCAACACCUGGAAAUUCAACCAGCAAUGGAACUACACCAGCAGGGGGCAUAACCCGUUCUUUGACUCCACCAUUUGAAGUUUUUUCUGACCUGGUGAAUGGAUAAUGUUAAUUAUCAGUCUCGCUCCCUAUUAUAUCUAAUAAUCCUCAGUUUUUGCACCCUGGCAUGCCAAUUUCUGAAAAUAAAAACUUUCGAACAUUGCAAAUCAAA